AUGGCACUGCAAGAUAUCAAAGAAGAGCCGGAACAAACGUCCGCAGAGCGGCAGAGUGUACGCGACCACUCAGAAAUGGACGAUGACUCCCUACGUGAGCAGCUGGAAGCCAAACAGGCCGUUGAACCGCAGCCAGAAGCCGUUCUACAGCCGGCGGUGAGCGGCCUAGGCUUGAGUGGCGAAGCCGUGCAGGCCGCGUUCCAGACGCAGCACUCGCCGGAUUCUUCUUCCGAGGCCUUGUUACCGCCGCUGCCGGACGUGUACAGCGUGAACGCGUCACCCACGCCUCCUAUGUCGCCCGGGACGCCCAAGUCAAUAACCGACUCGCCCGUGGUGUCUGUGCCUCGCUCGGGGUCUGACUUGAACGCACACACGCAAUCUUCCGCGAGCCCGGGUUCGCAGAUCCGCAGAGCUCGGGCCGCAUCGCUUCUUGAUGCUGCUGAGACAGCGGCGUCGGGUUCGCUUGGCUCAACAGGAACGGCAGACAGUGUACUCAGCAGAACCAUCGACCACGAGUCCGACAUCAACACUUCAUUCGAUCUCUCUAAGGCCCUGGAAAUUCCACAAGACUCGACAGUUUCGGGAGCCGGCUCCAACCCUAACUCCAACCCCAUAUCCCCAACCAUCAGCUCUCCUAAGAUCUCGUUCAAGAAAAAGUUCUCCAGCACACUCCUGCCAGCCGCCACCUCGGGCAUCGCUGGAUCACAUACCAACGGCGAUACUAGCGCCAAUGCCGCGGCAGUCAAAGCUGUGGUGGGCUCUCCAGAGUUUUCUCUACAUCACCUACAGCGCCACGGCUCAGUACGAUCCAAAGGCAACACGCCAGAGCUUCCGAGGCUGAGCUCAAGCGUGGAGCAUCACUCUGGCCUGGGCAUUAAAGAUGGAAACCUUGAUAACUCAGAAAAAAGAAUGCUCCGUGGGUACAGCGUCGACAGCAGCAGCAGCUCUUCCCAAUCUUUCUACGAUAACGAUGACUUGGCGUUCCGCCCGCCCCUCUCCCUACUCGAGGCCGACGUAGGCUCGCUGGCAAGCCUUCAUGACCUCAAAUCACCAAGGUCUUCUCUGAAUUACUCGGAGGCUGCGGACAAUGCAAACGCUAAGAAAAUACCCCUAUUGAAAAGAGCUUCUAGCGCUAUACUAAGGAAAACCUCAUUGAGUAACAAAAAUUCGUCGUCGCAAUCUCCGAACCUGAGCUCUGUCUCAGGACUUAAUCCUUCAAAUUACCACGAACUACGGCAAACUGCAUCAUUUUCAACUAUACCAUAUGAUUCUCCCAGUAGCGAGAUGAGUGCGCUAAGUUCCAGAAACCGGAAGAAGUUGUCGCUCAAAACCAGCGCAUCUCAAAACCGAUGUAUAAGUAACCCGGAGGGGCUACGCAACGUUGCAUCUCUUCCUACGCCUACUGCAGGAACCGGGGUUCAAACCCCUGUUACCAAUCAGUCACUUGGUAGUAAGUUCAGGUGUGGUCUCACAAGGAUUAUCAGCGGAGGUGGUACGGAAAGAUCUAGAUCCAACAGUGGCUUUAACGGCUCUGGUGCCGUCCACCGUAGCAUAUCAGGUAUUGAACGUACCCCUUCAUCAAUGCUAGCUGAAUCACCUUUGGAGGAAUCGUUUGGGAACCCCUUAGGGGAAGGGCCCUUCGAAAGACUUGCACGCGGCGGUCAGGGUGGGCUCAAGAAAUCGGCUUCAUUUUCGCACAGGUCUCACAUUAGUCCUUCUAACAACGCUACUGUCGGAAGUGACCUAGUUGCGAAAAAAUCUCAGCUCAGUAAGAAGAGCACAACGCAUAGCGCUGGAAGCGUCACGACGGUUAGGAAUGACAGUGUCUUCAGUGGUACGAGCAGCGACUCAUCCAGCAACAGCUCUGAGACAGACAUAAUAACCGUUGAUAUUGACGAACUAACGAAAGCAUUACCAGUGAUCACAGUCACGGAAAAGUUUGGCGCUAGACAUGUCACACCCAUUCAAACACAGUCAAAUAUUCUCUUGGAUAGAAUUUACAAAGACGAGAGUGACAAGGCGCUCGCAGGGCAUGCCGCCGAGAAACCCAAUAGAAUAACCCUCAGGGAGUACAUCAACGUGCUAAUGAAACAACAACAGAUAGAAGAUGAGAGGUUCGCUGUUCUUGAGAAAAACUUCUCGAACAACGGCUGGUGCUCACAGGAAGAUCUGAACAACAUUCAGCAAAAGCGUUUUAUUAUCAACAAGAAAUGGGCAGAGCGCAUUUCUUACUACCAAGACCGUCUGGAAGCCUGA